CUGCCGGCGCUCGCGCUGCUGCCCGCCACGCAGGCUGUCGCGGCGCGCUUCGACGCUCCCAUUCCAGAGACGAUUCACUAUGAGCAGCUGGGGAGGGUGACGACGACGCGGGAUUGGUACCACCCCCGCUACCGCGUCUUCAACCCGACACCAAGGCCGCGGGGAGAGGUCAAUGCUACCAUCACUCUCUACACCCGGCAUCUAGCGGAGCAGGGUGUCCGAGUCUGGCCGCUACUACUGAAUCCGCCUGCAGAAAGAAACGGCGCAACGGCCGCUCCCACUACGACGGCCAAGACAGAGGAGAAGUCCAAGCUGGAGAUUAACUGGGCAUCGCCAGGGGCGCUGCACGAGAACGUGGACUGCUCGCUGCCCACCAGGAUAAUCGUGCACGGCUGGAGAGGCGCCCUCUCCACCUGGAUGAAGGAGAUGGCGGUGGAGUUCCUGAAGCGCGAGCCGUGCAACGUGUUCAUCGUGCAGUGGGACGGCGAGGUCAACUACUUCCAGGCGACGCAGGACAUCCGCGUCGUGGCGCUCGAGAUAGCCGCCCUGAUCAACCACCUCGCGGUGAAGUGCGGCCUGCGGGGGUCUGACGUGCACCUGGUGGGCCACUCUCUGGGCGCCCACACGUGCGGCUACGUGGGCCAGCACGUGCCCGGCGUCGGCCGCAUCACAGGUCUGGACCCGGCAGAUCCGUCCUACACGUACAUGCCAGAGUUCGUACGGCUGGACCCCAGCGACGCCGACUUCGUAGACGUCAUUCACACUGACUCGCAGUCCAUCCUCGGCAACGGUCUGGGCAUGCGGCAGCCGGUGGGCCACCUGGACUUCUUCCCGAACGCGGGCCGCUACCAGCCGGGCUGCGAGCUGUGGAAGGUGCCGGAGGCGGCGCUCAGGAAAGGCGUCCGCGGCGUCGUGUCGGCCGCCGCCGACUUCACCGUGUGCUCGCACUCGCGCGCGCCCAGCCUCUUCACCGAGUCCAUCAACUCGCACUGCCGCUUCCUCGCCUUCCGCUGCGCCUCCUACAUGGCUUUGCACUUGGGCCAGUGUAUUUCAUGUGGCAACAACAUGGAGCGAUGUGCUGUCAUGGGAAUGGACGCGGACAAGUUCAUGCCAGCUGAGGGCUUCUCCCGGAACUCAAGCUUCUUCCUGACGACCGCAAACGAGCCGCCCUUCUGCCAACACCCGUACGCCGUGAGGAUCUUCCCGGCGGACAUGCACAACACGUCGCACUGGGGCCACCUCUCCGUGGAGCUCCGUGGUAUUAGCGGCCUCGUCAAGGAACUCCCUCUCACUGAGAAUGAUGACCUGACGGGGCCGCUGCCCCUGGUGGGCAUCCGCCUGCCGAACCCGCUGCGGCGCGUGGCGGAGGCGACGACGGGCCCGCGCGAGGUGCCGCCGCGCCAGCCGCUGCUGCUGGUCGGCUGGGCGCGCAACUUCACGGGGCAGCGCGUGCUGUCGGCGGCGCUGCGCUGGGAGAGCGUCGACCGGUCGCCGCUGCGCCGCCUCAUCCCCUGCUUCUUCCGCUGCGCCGACCCGCUGUCCGUGGCGCGCAUCGUCGUGCGCACCUUCCCGCACCCCCUGCGGUGA